UUAUUCUUAUGUCCAUUGGAAGAACCUAUGCCAAUUUUUUUAGAUAUCAUUAUAAUGUGUAAGUGAUAUAAAUAUUAAGCACAGAAAAGUUGAUGCAAAAAUGAGUACUACCAUAGAUGAUACAGUGCUGAAAAGUCUUGAAGAUCGAGUGAAUGGCCUUCAUAAACUCGUAUUCUCACAGGAAGAAAAUGAAAGGACUGUAAAAAAGCCUAUUGAAAUAUUGGAACAAACACAGUGCACUUUGAGGGAGUUGGAAACGAGACACUCCGUCAUUCUUCAGUUGUGGAAGAAAUUACCUGAUUUGGAUGAGUAUUUAACAACCGACUUUUUACAGAAGGUUCGUCUUAAUGAAGAUGUUAAAACUACGUUAAUCUUAGCAAAUGAAGAAAAUGUUAGAAAUUUAGCAAAAUAUCUUGAUGAAUUAAAAUCACUACAAAAUGUUGUUAAUUAUGAUUCACUAAAAGACAUUCCAGAACAUUCGUCAAAAUUGGAACCAAUUAUUCAGCUUCAUAUGCAACAAGCGGAAGAGGCACACGAUGUUAACGAGAGAUUAAACAAGCUGUUAACUGCUUACAAUAACAUUAUCAAUACGAUGUCCAAGCAGUUUAUGCUGUGGAAUAACUUCGUCACACAAUGUGAGCUUGCUGUUGACAUGGAAAGAGAGUCGAUCGAUUGAAAAGUUUGUUUCGCUUUUAAGCACUGUGAAAAAGCUUUGUGAAUGUCGAACGUUUGUUUUUGGUCUUAUUGUUACAAGAACGAGAGAAACUUUGAUCUGGUUAUGAAGUAGAAACCUAUUUAUUUGAUAUUAUACAUGUAAAAAGAACUUAUCACCAGCGAAAAUUUGAGUCCAUCUAAAAUGUUUUAAAGAACAGGAAAGUACUAAUUGCUAACUACAUCUCAAUCUCCAGUAUUAUCAUAAUUUUAAUAGAAACACUGAACUUUGAAGCCUAAAAUAACCUAUAACUUGUUCUCAAUCUUGCACCAGAAUUAUUUUGUAAAGCCUUCAUAUAUCAAAAGUGUACACCCAAAACCUUCAUUAAGAAUCUCGGUAUCAAAAUAUUAUUUUACUCCAUUUUUUUUAAUUUUUUAACCGAUAAUUGAAAAAAAUACAAAACCAUGUCUAAUAUAUCUGCCGUAUAUGAUCGUUAUCAGGCAUAUUCUUAUUGCUCUACCUUACAACUAGGCAUGUUUGGCCACGCAUCAUCACUACCAAUCAGUCUGCAAUAGGACUGAUACAACAUGUGCAAAUUAAACCAACAUACAAUACAGACGCAAACGGCGACAAAACUUGUCUCUUUUUUGCUACACUAGCAUAGCUAUUAAACGUAUUUUUAUUAGAAACCUACCCACUAAAUUUAGAGCGUCCUAUACCUCUCCAGCCUUAAAUAGCUAUUAGUUAUUACUCAAAACUACCCCCUUAAUUUUUUAAAAGUUUUCUUGGUCUAAGAAAUGUAAUAACUACAGAACUUAUUUCAAAGGUUUAUUUUUCAUUUUGACAAGUUAAGUAGCUUGGUUUCACGACUUUUCAGGAUUUCACCCGGCGGUCGUAAUAUGUUUGAAAUUCCUCAGAAAGAAUAGGGUUAAAAUGCUUUCAACGUAUUUCAUUCAUGUUAAAUUAUAAAAAUGAUGACUGAGUUCACACCAAUUUUAAAUUGUUGACAGUAAUAAAGACGAUUUUGUUGAUGUAUUGUAGAAUUUAUUUGUGAUGAAUUAAUGAUAAAAAUAUAGGUAUGUUAAUCUA